AUAGUCGAGUGGGUGGAACCUGAAGUUUAGUGAUGUUGUGGUGAAUGGUUCCGUGUGUAUGCUGAGCUCGUCAUAUGAAACAACCUGGCGAUCGUAUCGCCUUAUUUAGGGGACACCGGAUUUUUGUAUUACUUUGGGAUUAAAUAUCCUCAGUAAGGGAUGGAGAAAGCAAAACAGGAGGCGUUUGACAAUGCAAGACUUCAGGUCAUUAAGGAUGGCUACGAAAGAGCCUUCGAGUGUAUUAACAGAGGCCUGUCGGAGGACGAGAGAGGCCGGAAUGAACGGGCGCUGGAUAUGUACCGGCAGGGCAGGCAGCAUCUGCUCCGGGCCAUUAGCGUGCCCUCCCAGGGAGAGGAAUGCGUGGGUCCUGCUUGGGACUCGGCCCGGCAGAUGCAGGGCAAGAUGCAGGAGACCCUGAAUAACAUCACCACACGCCUAGCGGUGCUGGAGACCAGCGCGGACUCGGGGACGGUCGCAGCCGACGGGGCGCUUAGCGGAGGCGCUACGCAACAGCUGUACCCACGGCUGCCCUCGAAGGAGAAACCGGGAAGACCUCCUUCACCCAAUGUUUGCUUCUCCAGUGACCAGCCAGCUGGGGCGGUGGGCGGGGUAGGAGGUCACGGGCUCCCGGGGGAGCGGCCCCCAGCCUAUUCCCCCCAGGCAGCGGAUGGACACCUCUCCAUUUCCUACGGAACUGACUCCGGCGAGUUCUCCCUGGUUGGAGACGAGUUCUACACGCAGGCUUCCAGGAUGGCGUCUGCACCUCAGAACCUAGGCGAAGAUGGAGAGGAGCUCUUAUUUUUGCCUCGGGGGGUGCAGAUUUUUUUUGUCUCCCCUGACGGUCAGGUCAGCGCACCUUCGUAUCCGGGCUACCUGCGGAUCGUCAAGUUCAGUGAGGAGCGCUCGGAGAGGAGCCCGAAUCGGCCUCCUGCCUUCCUGCAGGUGUGUGACUGGCUGUACCCGCUGAUGUCCAGAGACUCUCCUGUUCUUCUGUGUAACACUGGGGUCUACAUGUUCCCAGACAUGAUGGCCUCAGUGCCGGGUUCCUACGUGGGUGUUGUUCUAUCUUCCGAGCUGCCUUUGUCAAGCAGGGAGCUGUUUCAGGACCUCCUCUCACAGCUUACUGACCUGAAGGUCCAGGCCCCUGGUGAGCCAGGAGAUACCAUGAACCUCAGCCAAAAGGUCCCCUUCGCCCCCCCAAUCCCAGUAGAGGGGCCUGCGGAGGAGGACAAGUCAAUUCCAGAAUGGAGCGAGAAGGUGGCCCAUGGAAUCCUCACCGGUGCUUCAUGGCUGAGCUGGGGAUUGGUCAAAGGAGCAGAAUACACCGGCAAAGCCAUCCACAAGGGGGCGUCCAAACUGAGGGAACACAUAACACCAGAGGACAAACCUGCGGCAGUCAGCCCCACAGUCUCCAAAGGGCUGCAUGUUGCGAAGCAGGCCACUGGGGGCGCUGUCAAAGUCAGUCAGUUUCUAGUGGACGGUGUUUGCACGGUGGCCGGCUGUGUGGGCCGAGAGCUGGCGCCGCAUGUGAAGAAGCACGGCCUCAAGCUGAUCCCAGAGUCGAUGAAAAAGGACAAGGACGGGAAGUCCACCGUCGACGGGGCCUUGGUGGUGGCCGCUAGUGGCGUGCAGGGUUUCGCCACCAUGUGGAAUGGUUUAGAAGAGGCUGCCAAGAACAUCGGCAAGAGUGUAGCGUCUGAGACGGUCACCACUGUGAAGUACAAGUAUGGGCCGGAGGCGGGGCAUGCUACGGACAACGCGGUCAACUCUGCCAUUAACGUGGGCGUCACGGCCUUCAACGUUGACAACCUGGGCAUCAAGGCCAUGGUGAAAAAAACGGGCAAGCAGACAGCGCAGGCCAUCCUGGAGGACUACAAAGUCGAGGAAAAACCUGACCCAGACUUGGAGAAGAAGAAAUGAAUAGCCUUAAUUAUUUUUUAACUUAAUAUACUUACCCUUUCUUAGAGCCUUAAUAUAUACCUAUAUUCUUAAAAAGAUUUGAAAGCGUUAUAUUUUAUUAAUAUCAGAUUCAUUACCUGAGUUUGUGUCUUAGAAUUUUAUAUAUCUGCUAAGCACUUUAAUACUCGGUUUCCUAUAUGAAGAAUUUGGUUGAAGUUUGAAUAAAUUGUAGGCCUUAGAUUUACAGAUGCUUUAUUUUUGACUCUACCUUUGAGGUGGUGGGACUACUUCAAGGACAAAGCCUCGGGAGAUUGUGUGUUUCUGCCCAUUUGUCUCUGGUUUGACAGCUACUGUGCAGAAUUGUGCAUUUGUUGACAACAAGUGUGUGCAUAACCGCAUUUGUUUUUGUGGCGUUUAGUUUCUUCCUGCAUUUAUAAGAUCAAACAACAUCUGUCAGUACUGGUGUUUAAAUGAACAAUGGAUGAAAAGAUGCAUAAAAAUAGUAUUAAAGGUGUUUUUAAGAUUCUUUGUAGGAGGAGACUUGGGGGGGCUCCCAUACUGUACAGAACUGAGGUGUUGUUCAUAACUGUUUGUGUGAAGUAUUUGCUUUUGUGUUCCACUCAUAUGACAAUGUGUAGAAAUGUUUGUGUAUGUAUCUCAUUCUAAUUUGCCUACAGAAUUAUAUGUGCUAUUCAUACUAGACAGACCUUAGCACAAAGAAUAAUUUCCUGUGGGAAAGACAAAUGUGCAAUGUGUUUUUGAGCAGGGGUAUUGCAAUAGUUAUUUUAUUUUACAAUUUUUUGUGAAUCUUGAUGUGUGAGUUGAAAUGUCAGUAGUACAUUUGUGAAUAUGAAUCCCAGUUUCAGCCUGGUUGUUUAAGUUCUCCACAGGGACUGCUCUGAGAUACUAACCACAAUAUAAGGCAUAAAAAAAAUCCAUUUUCCAAGCAAAGGCAUAAAGGUGUAAUGUUCUGUGAUAGAAUUUAACAAUGUGUUUACAUGGCUGCCUCAAAGACUUAAUGAGAAAGACCAGGAAAAUGGUAUGUUUAAUGAAGCAAUGUCCACUAUUUAAUACUAAACUUGCAACUCUGCCUAUUUUUGUUAGAACACCUCAUGCAUAGGUAAAGGAAUGUAUUAAAGAUUGUAAAACUGGAAAAUG